AUGACAGAAGAAGUCAUUGUUAUAGCAAAGUGGGAUUACACUGCCCAGCAGGACCAGGAACUUGACAUCAAGAAGAAUGAGCGUCUCUGGCUGCUGGAUGACUCCAAAACUUGGUGGCGGGUGAGGAACGUGGCCAACAAGACGGGGUAUGUGCCGUCCAAUUACGUGGAAAGAAAGAACAGCCUGAAGAAGGGCUCACUUGUGAAAAAUCUCAAAGACACACUAGGCCUGGGCAAAACCAAAAGGAAGACUAGUGCAAGAGACGCCUCCCCAACGCCUAGCACGGAUGCGGAGUAUCCCUCCAACGGAAGCGCAGCGGACCGCAUCUACGAUCUCAACAUCCCGGCCUACGUCAAAUUUGCCUAUCUCGCUGAGAGGGAGGAUGAGCUGUCUUUGGUGAAGGGGUCCCGUGUCGUCGUCAUGGAGAAAUGCAGUGACGGAUGGUGGCGAGGAAGCUUCAAUGGGCAGAUUGGUUGGUUCCCUUCCAACUACGUCAUGGAGGAGGUGGACGAAGCGUGCGCGGAUUCCCCAAGCUUUCUGAGCUUACGGAAGGGCGCCUCCCUGAGCAACGGCCAGGCCCCGAGGGUCCUCCACGUGGUCCAGACACUCUAUCCAUUCAGCUCCGUGACUGAGGAGGAGCUCAAUUUUGAGAAGGGAGAAACAAUGGAAGUGAUCGAAAAACCAGAAAACGACCCAGAAUGGUGGAAAUGCAAAAAUUCCCGGGGGCAGAUUGGCCUUGUUCCCAAAAACUAUGUAGUGGUCCUGAGUGAUGGGCCCUCGCUGCACCCUUCCCAUGCCCCUCAGAUAAGCUACACAGGACCCUCAGCUACUGGCCGGUUCGCUGGGAGAGAGUGGUACUAUGGGAACGUCACGCGGCACCAAGCGGAGUGUGCCUUGAAUGAGCGGGGCGUGGAAGGAGACUUCCUCAUUAGAGACAGUGAAUCCUCGCCCAGUGACUUCUCCGUCUCUCUCAAAGCAUCAGGGAAGAACAAGCAUUUCAAGGUGCAGCUCGUGGACAAUGUCUACUGUAUCGGGCAACGGCGGUUUCAUACCAUGGAUGAGUUGGUGGAACACUACAAAAAGGCACCCAUCUUCACCAGCGAACAUGGGGAAAAGUUAUAUCUUGUCAAAGCACUUCAGUGA